UUCACCCCUGAGCUCUGAACGUUGACACAAUGUCAGAUAAAAUGGAGGUUAACCUAUCCGGAGUCAAACAAAGUAAAGGCGUGUGGCUUGUAAAGGUUCCCAAGUAUUUAUCUCAGCAAUGGGACAAGGCCACAGAAAGGGGAGAAGUUGGAAAGAUUACAAUUGGAAAAAAGCAAGACAAAACAGAGGUAUGUUUCAGCCUGAAUGCGGAGCUGAGUGCUUUGGGCGCUGUGGGGGAGAAAGAUGGAACACUGCAGGUCCCAAGGGAUCAUCCCUUCACUAUGCACACAGUGGGUGGACAGACCAUGGCUGUCUUCAGCCAGAGCGACACAGAUGAAAUCAGUCUGGAGGGGAUGGUGGUGCACAGAGCUGAAUGCAGACCGGUUGUCAACGACAGCUACAUGAAGCUGAAGAAGCUGCAGAUUGAAGAGUCCACCAAGCCUCAGCGUUUCUCACAGCAGCUAGAAAGAGCCAUCACCACUGUCUUCAAGCCUGUGGCCAACCACGAUUUCAAUGUGGAGUAUGAGAAGAAGAAGAAGUCGGAGGGGAAGAUGGUGAGGGCUGAGCGGCAGGUCGUGCUGGACAUGCUCUUCUCUGCCUUUGAGAAGCACCAGUAUUACAACAUUAAGGACCUCGUGGACAUCACCAGACAACCUGUGACCUACCUGAAAGAAAUCAUGAGGGAAAUUGGGACGUACAACAGCAAGGGAGCUCACAAAAGCACCUGGGAACUGAAGCCAGAGUACCGACACUACCAGUCUGCUGAGGAAGAGGAGGAGAUGCAGACCACCUAGUGCCAGCAAGGGCCUCUGAGCCCGUUCACUGGUGUAUGUCUCAUUGUAUGAGAAAAAGCAGAUACCACCUGCCAGGAAUUCUGUUUUUUCAGGGAAAUACUCUAUCAGCCAUGCUGGUAGUUAUCGGUGUUUUUUCAAAGUUGGGGAAUGAAUAUCCUAUGGUUGUCUGGAAGCAGGCGGAAAAAAAAAACAUUUAAAAAAGUAAAAAAUGUUGAAGACAAAAGCACUGGUUUUCUCCUUUAAGUUAUGAGCACAAUAUGAAUGUUUAGUUUCUUUGUAUCUGUCUCUAUUUCUAAACGGGCAGUACGAUGAUUGUAGAGUUGUGUUUUGCUUGUUUUAAUUUGCAUGGUGAAACAGUAACUUGACUUAAGUCUGUCCAUCUUGAAUUUUACAUGUUUUACUUUCUGAAUAAAUCUUGCUGAGUCUUGAUAACCAACGAUCAAAUCUUUGGUAGAAUGGCUUUUAUCACAGUAGACAUUUGAAGUGUCAAAGUAGAAAAAGCACAAGUGGAUCUAAUGACCGUAACAAUGUCUCA